AUGACUAAUUUUCAUUCAUUUAGACUUGAAGUGCAGGCCUCAUUGCACGUGCGAGAUAGCUGCAGCAAUGAGUCGGCCAACACUAGCCUGAGUGAACGCUCGACAACUGUUUCCUAUGGCGACAACUGCAGCACAAGGGCUCUUGCUGGAUCAAUCCUUAGUGUGAAGUACCAAGUUCCAGCUGGUGUCCCAUCGAACAUCUCCUUGAUGUCGCGCAAUAGCUUCAGCACUGAGUCGGCCAACGUUAACAUAACUGAACACUUGGGAUCCGUGUCCUACAGUGACGAUUGUUCCACAAGGGGUACUGCUGGCUCAAUCCUCAGUUUCGAGUAUCAAGUUCCAGCUGGUGUCCCAUCGAACAUCUCCUUGAUGUCGCACGAUAGCUUCAGCACUGAGUCAGCCAACGUUAGCAUAACUGAACACACGGGAUCCGUGUCCUACAGUGACGAUUGUUCCACAAGGGCUACUGCUGGCUCAAUCGUCAGUUUCGAGUAUCAAGUUCCGGCUGGUGUGCCAUCGAACAUCUCCUUGAUGUCGCACAAUAGCUUCAGCACCGAGUCGACUAACUUUAGCAUAACUGAACACUUGGGAUCCGUGUCCUACAGUGAUGAUUGUUCCACAAGGGCUACUGCUGGCUCAAUCCUCAGUUUCGAGCAUCAAAUUCCAACUGGUGUCCCAUCGAACAUCUCAUUGAUGUCGCGCAAUAGCUUCAGCACUGAGUCGGCCAACGUUAGCAUAACUGAACACUUGGGAUCCGUGUCCUACAGUGAUGAUUGUUCCACAAGGGGUACUGCUGGCUCAAUCCUCGGUUUCGAGUAUCAACUUCCGGCUGGUGUCCCAUCGAACACCUCCUUGAUCUCGCGCGAUAGCUUCAGCACUGAGUCAGCCAACGUUAGGAUAAUUGAACACACGGGAUCCGUGUCCUACAGUGACGAUUGUUCCACAAGGGCUACUGCUGGCUCAAUCCUCAGUUUCGAGCAUGAUGUUCAGGCCACUGUGUCGACAACAAACGUCUCCUUGCACAUGCGAAAUAGCUUCAGCAAUGAGUCGGCCAACACUAGCCUGAGUGAACGCUCGACAGCUGUUUCCUUUGUCGACAACUGUAGCACAAGGGCUCUUGCUGGCUCAGUGCUUAGUUUCGAGUAAGUUAGGCUGUUGAAACGGGUGAAAUAUUUUUACAUUGAAAACAUAGAUCCCAGUUUAAUAUCCACAUCAGAAGGAUGUCUGCCAGAAGGUACGAAGAAAGGGAAGACUGAUUUAUUUAAUGAUGCACUCAACACAUUUUAUUGACGGUUAUAUGGCGUCAGACAUAUGAUUAAGAACCACACAGGUAUUGAGGGAGA